AGUCGUAUCGUGACCGUCAGUUAAACACGCGGGGUACUCUUGUCAGCAUCCACAAAACUUCAGUGGCGGGUUUUUGAACAGAAAUCACCACCACCCCAAAAGUUGUAUCAGAAAGGGAUUUUCCCGCAAAAUUCCAGUGUGCUCCGUGUAUGCCACCACCACGCCCUUACGCCCCGGAAAAUUGCUCUAUAUAGAAGUGUUGCUCUUGGGGUCGGGGGUGGCUUUUUUUGCUUCCUAAACUAUCAACCAUAUCCGAAGAUUUAAAUAGCAUUUCCCACAGUGUGAAUUAUGGACUUUGCGAUACUAUUGACCAUUUCGUGUAUGUAACGUGUCAAAAUUGAGGAUAUCAGUGUGAUUUAUAUGUAGCAAUUGUGUUGGCUCGGGGGAGUACCAACGAUUUUUUCACACUCGCCAACCCAUUCAAGUGUCGAUUCUUGGUGGUUGCGACAUCACCAGCAACUCGUUGGAUUACCCAGAGCCGAGUGUGUGAAGACCAUUCUCACCCCCAAGUGAGGUGGUGAGACCAAAAGACGUGAAUCCCAAUGAGAGGGUUUCAGUUGGGGUGAAUUUAAAUGCUUUCUUCUCAGCGAUAAAUCAAUUGAAAUCUGUGAAUCUAUCAAUAAUGUGGCGGACAACGAACCUCAAUCGGAUAUCGUUUAUCUUCUCGCUGACACUGAUCUCCUUACUCGGAUGCCGUCAAAUUGAGGCACUUCACCUGACAGAUAUUUCUGUGCCGAGGGUGGCCGAUGUGCGAGACACGGUAACACUUUCAUGCACGUACAACAUGGGAAAACACAAGCUCAACUCUGUCAAAUGGUACAAGGAUGGGAGUGAAUUCUUUCGAUAUGCACCAAUGAUGAGUCCAAAAAUUAUGACAUUCCCCGUGGUUGGCGUCACUCUACCGAAAGAUCAACCAUUUGACUGCUCCAAAACCACAUGUAGUGUGAUUCUGGAUCAACUAGAGCCUAGGACUAGUGGCUCGUACCGUUGUGAAAUCUCUGGAGAUGCACCAGAAUUCAAAUUGAUCAGUGAAACAGGAAAUAUGACCAUUGCAGCUCUACCACGGCACGAUCCAAUCAUCACUGGCAUAAACCAGAGAUACGAAGAUGGUGACUUUCUGCUGGGCAAUUGCACAUCGGAUAUGUCAAGUCCACCAGCAAUGCUGUCGUGGUACAUCAACGAUGAGAAAGCACCGCCAGAAUAUCUCCAACCACUCCAUGAGACAACCAUCGAGUCAGACGGUUUUCAAUUACGCUUCCGCAGUUUAGAGCUACGGUUUCAUAUAGAUAAGGCACGACACGAAAAUGUGCGAAACACCAUGCGACUCAAGUGUCUUGCCAGAGUUGAACAGAUCCCAACGGCAACGCGAGAAUCAAGCAUCGCUGUAUACAUCGCGUCACCGGAUGACUUAACCAAUCAAAAGUUAAUUAACUAUUGGACUAAUUCUAAUUCGGGUCACCGCAAAUUUACGGCCAUGCUCUUCGUCACUCUCACCACCCUUGUAUGUCUCAUGUUAGCAACAAGAUAGUGUAUUAAAUAUUAAAAAGCCGAAACACCCACACCACCCACAAGGUGCGGCGACCCUCAAGACGGCGCAACCCAACCAGCGUUAGGCAGAAAAUCAAAAGCGCGCCCUGAGUGGGAUGAAAGUCAUGUAUUUGUAAUAAAGAUUUAAUGAAAAUGUUGGUUAGCUGAUUUAAUAUUACACAGACAUAUUUAUUAAAAUAACAAUGUAUUGUGUAUUAAAUUUUGUAUAUUUCUUAUUUAGUUCUUAAUAUAAGUGGCCUUAUUAUUUUCAUGUAAAUGCUCAAAGUGACGCUCAUUUGGGAUAUUCAAAAAGCUAAUAUUUCAAGACGUUUUCAGGCAUUCAAAAUAUUAAAAUAAAAACCGUACUUUUUAUUAGUUAUGGAGAAAUAUUCUCAAAUUCAGUCACUUAUCAUGACACUAUAGCAAGAUCUGCCUCCACAUUCCUCUGUCCUUUGAUACUGUGGAACAACAUUUCUGUCGCAUUUAUACGUCUCACAAAUAAGUAUUUCAUUUCAGUAUUCUGCACAAUUUAUUUUAGAUUCUUAACUUUCCAAAAGCUUUAAAGAAAGGAAUUUAUAUUUAAGAAUUUAUUAGAAAUAUUUUAGACAUUAGGUCAUGAAAACGUUAUUUGCACGUCAUUUAAAUGACUUGAGGUAGCCUUCAGCUAUAGAGACAUUCUUGUCCGAAUAUUACGUUAUUUUUACCUGAAAUAAUAAUAUAACUGACGAAAAAGAUGCCGUUAUUCUUUUGGAAGUUUUUGUCAGAGAAACUUAAGUAAUUUUCAAGCGGUAUAAUUUAUCUCACAAUGAAAAAUAAGCUUCUGACUGAAAUUGUGAUUACCACCCCGUUUCUCUCAAUUGCAUGAUAUUUUCCUACGAGUAAAUUACAUUCUGAAAUUAAGUAAAUAUCUUUCUUUAUCUUCAGCAUCCUCCUAUUUAUUUUGAUGAGUAUUUAAAUUAAAGCGUGGUUUAGUAUUAUUUUAUAAAUAUUUAAAAGUAUUGCAAUGUAUUUAACUCUAAAAAAUAGUCAAGUUUUUAUGUUUAUUUUUGUAAUGGAGCUUUUUUGAAGAAAUUAUCUAUGGCAUGAAAAAAAUUUCAAAAUACGGUUAUAUCUCAUGAUAACUAUUGGAAAAUAAUCAUUAUUCGAGUGGAAGACUUUAUACGAUAAUUUUAUAGCCAUAUGACAUUCUACUUCACACCUCUUGUUCUUAUUUUAUCACUCACCUGCCAAAAAGUUAGUUGAAGAAAAACAGGAAAAUGGAAUGAAGUGAAACUUGUAGUAGUUUUAUUGUAAUGAUUAUCGCAUUUUUACGUAGAGAUUAUUUUCCAUUUUAAAAGGCAUUCAACAGAUUGAGCAGGAUUAUAGUAAUAAUGGUUAGUAAAAAUGAAAAUUGAUAAGCAAUGAAAUAUUAUUGGCAAAGGACUUAUUAAGACGUUAUGAACCAUUUUAAUUCUUACUGAGCAAAAUUGAAAUUUUUACUAACUAUUUUGAAUUACCAACUGACCAAUUGUGGUGAUUGUGAGAAGUUAUGAAAUUAGGUUAAAAUUAAAUUGCCAUACACCUGAUUAGAUUAGCUUGGCAAUCUUGCUCUCUCUUUUUGACUGGCCUAGCCCCAAUGAAAUGUUAAACACAUUGUAAAACCGAAACAUACAACCAGAGAAAGGACGUUUCCACCGUUUAGUCCUGGAGGUUGCAAUCAACGCUGAGAUGGCGAUGGACGCAUGGGGAGUGGGAAAGGUCAAGAAUGAGAUGAAAUACAGUAGACUCUCUCAAAUUUGGGCAUUUUGGGACCGAAGUGUCACCCGUAUUAGAGAGAAAUUCUGGCAUCAAAUUGUUUGAAAUACAACAAUUUUUUUUUCUUUUGCAUACACAUAUUGAAUUUACAUACUCAUAUUUAUGGUAAAUUUCAUGAAAACCCCUUAAUAAUGCAACAUCACAUGAUAACUGAGACAAACAUAGUAAAUUUGAGCAUAUUUGCUUCAUUCGAAAACUUGAAAAAUAUUUAUAUACUUUUUUCAAAUUUAACUGCUGCCCGAAUUAAAAAGUAGUCCGAUCUUAAAAGAGCCUAAUUAAGGAGAGUCUACUAUAAAUUCAAAUUCAAAUUCAAUUUGAAUUUUAACUUAUCAAAUCCCCUAUUUUUUUAUCAAAAGCGUUUUUUCCCAUUGAAAGUAUGAGGUUUGGGUGCCCGAAUAAUUACAAUGACUACACAGUAAUAAUAACGUUAUGCCGACUACAUUUUACUACUUGGGAAGCAACAGUAUAUGUCAUUAAUCUAUAAUUUAUCUUUGGAUAUCAAUAUUUUCGAAUUUAUGAAAUCCAAACAGAUAUAACAAAAUUCUGGAAUUUCAACACAAACACGCCACAUUGAUUUUUUUCUGUCAAUAUAAAAAUGAGAAGUAUUUAUACGGAAAAAAUACUAUUCAUUAAAUAUUCGGAAAUAUAAUUUAUUCAAUUUAUUCGCAGUGCUGAUAUUUUACUGAAAAUGAACGAUAUUUCAAAGUAUCUGAAAUAUUGCUUCGUUCCCCUAAUUUAUUUUAGCUCAAUUAUAGUCUUUUCUAUUUUUUAUGUUGUUUAAAAUAAAGUAAAUCGGAAACACUGAUUAACUUUACACUGUAACUGGACGAUGCAAGUAAAUUUAAUAAAAAUUAAAUUGACAAUAUUUUAACGGAAAUGUACCCACAGCUUUGUUACACUAAAUUUAUAAGGCGUUGCUGAUGGAAAUUCUGUACAAUACAAAAGCGGUGUUUGAACAAACAAUGCAAACUACGAAGUUAUUGAAGCUCUAUUCCGGCUCAUUUAAUUUCAAUCUAAUGCUUUUAGUUAAAUGAACCGAUUACAUUUGCAUUAUUAUCCACGAAUUCAAAUAUAAGGACCCAUAUUAAAUUGUAAAUUGUCCACCGGCAGUGUUCACUUUAACCACAAUCAAUCGGCAUUUUAAUUAAAUUUCAGUCUAUGCAUAAAAUUCUUUGGGAUAUUUUUU